AUGGGCGAGUGUACCCCCGCAAAGCCCGUGGUGCGAUUGUAUGGCGGCACCCCGCACUCGACAGAACGCCUGCACAAGCCCUUCAAAUGCCCCGGAUCCGCAGCGUCGACACGCAUCUCAGAGAAGCCUGCCCGCAAGAGGCGCAAGGUCGACUAUGCUGGCGCGGAUGGCGCGGAUGGCGACGACAAGCCCUACUCUAACGACGACCGCCUGGCACUCGCCACGCGCGACAUCAACCGCUUCCCUGUCUUCAAGCCCAAGGACAAAGACACGGCAUUCAGGGCGAGGUUCUCGGUUCCUCUGCUGAACAAAGACGCGACGUCCUACAAUGCCAACCGCCCUGCGCCACUUUUGGGCAUGCGCCUCGGCGCCGUCUUUGUUGCUCGGCCGCUGCACGACCCGAGUGGAGAGUUCGCCAUUGUCCUCUACGACCCCACUGUUGACGACAAGCCUGCAUCCACGGAAGAGGUUGUGCCCAAGAUGAGCCAGGAAGAGAAGAAAGAAAUGGACACGCCUGUAGUACACAAGAGCCUUGCUGAGAUUCUUGGAUUGAAGAAAAAGGUCGACGAAGAACGGCCAAGAGUGCCAGUCGUCAUCGAUCCAAGACUGACCAAAGUUUUACGCCCGCAUCAGGUUGAAGGUGUCCGCUUCUUGUACCGAGCCACGACGGGCUUGAUCGACCCGAAGGCGAACGGAUGCAUCAUGGCGGACGAGAUGGGUCUCGGCAAGACGCUGCAAUGUAUUGCACUCAUGUGGACACUGAUCAAGCAGUCCCCCGACGCCGGCAAAUCCACGAUUCAGAAGUGUGUCAUCGCUUGCCCUUCAAGUCUGGUCAGAAACUGGGCAAACGAGCUGGUCAAGUGGCUCGGCCCGGAUGCAAUCCACCCCUUCGCUAUAGACGGCAAAGCAACCAAGGAGGAGCUAAUCUCACAAAUUCGACAGUGGUCCAUUGCCUCCGGACGUUCUGUUGUUCGACCUGUUCUCAUUGUCUCCUACGAGACACUUCGCCUAUACGUGGACGAGUUUGGCCAGACUCCCAUCGGCCUACUGCUCUGCGACGAAGGUCACCGACUGAAGAACGGAGAAAGCCAAACCUUCACAGCGCUCAACGGGCUGAACGUACAAAGACGCGUCAUCCUCUCUGGCACUCCAAUUCAGAAUGAUCUGUCUGAAUAUUUCGCCUUGUUGAACUUUGCGAACCCCAACUACCUCGGCACACGAGCAGACUUCCGCAAGCAGUUUGAGAUUCCUAUAUUGAGAGGUCGCGAUGCCGACGGAACGGACGAAGACCGAAAGAAGGGUGACGAACGCCUCAAAGAGCUUCUGACGCUCGUCAACAAGUUCAUCAUUCGACGUACCAACGACAUCCUUUCCAAGUACCUGCCUGUCAAGUACGAACAUGUGGUCUUCUGCAACCUUGCGCCUUUUCAGAAGGAUCUUUACAACCAUUUCCUCCAGUCGCCGGAGAUCAAGAGUCUGCUCAAAGGCAAAGGCUCGCAGCCUCUCAAGGCUAUCGGUAUGCUGAAGAAGCUCUGCAACCACCCCGACCUACUCGACCUGCCCAUGGAUGUACCUGGUAGCGAGAACGUACUUCCGGAAGACUUUGUACCCAAGGAUGCUCGAGGAAGAGACCGAGAUGUCAAGGUCUGGUACUCUGGCAAGAUGCUAGUGCUCGACCGCAUGCUCGCCCGCAUUCGUGCUGAGACGAAUGACAAAAUCGUCCUCAUUUCCAACUACACGCAGACGUUGGACAUAUUUGGUGCUCUCUGUCGAUCUCGCGGUUACGGUUGUCUGCGCCUGGAUGGCACGAUGAACGUCAGUAAGCGUCAAAAGCUAGUCGACAAGUUCAAUGACCCCGAGGGUCCCGAGUUUGUCUUCCUUUUGUCGUCUAAAGCGGGUGGCUGCGGCCUCAACCUCAUCGGAGCGAACCGACUGGUCCUGUUUGACCCUGACUGGAACCCCGCGGCUGACCAGCAAGCGCUUGCGCGUGUUUGGCGUGACGGACAGAAGAAGGACUGCUUUGUGUACCGGUUCAUGACGACUGGCACUAUUGAGGAGAAGAUCUUUCAGCGACAGUCGCACAAGCAAUCGCUUUCCUCGUGUGUUGUUGACUCGGCCGAGGAUGUUGAGCGUCAUUUCAGUCUCGACUCGUUGCGCGAGUUGUUCAUGUACAGAGACAACACUACGAGUGACACGCACGACACGUUCAAAUGCAAGCGUUGCAGGAAAGAGGACGGCCGGCAGGUGCUCAAGGCACCGGCCAUGUUGUAUGGCGAUACGAGCACAUGGAACCACUUUGUCAACGACGGGGAGUCGGGACCGCUUGGGAAGAUACAGGAUCUCUUACUCAGGCAGGAGACUGCGCAGGGCUGUAACGAGGUCAGCGCCGUGUUCCAGUACAUCAGUCAUUAG